GAAUGCCCCCCAUGACGGGAGCGCGGUUGAAAUCUUGCCUAGGAUACCAAGUAGCUUGGGAACGCCACUGAGUUGAAGCUUCACAACCUCCCAGAAAACAAUGCACGCAGACACACAAACACACCUUCCUCUCCUUUGUGUUUGUGGUGCGUAAGAGUACGUCAGGACUCUGCGUUUGGUUCCUUCGGAGCAACUUCGCUUUUCGAGUUUCAGCCGUCGACCGGUUCCCGUUUCCUGUUUUUUUCUUACACUAAGACUUCUCACAUUAACUCAGAAGGAGAAAGCCUGACAGAAAACCGUAGUAGUGUGAGCGUUUGGACGAUGGAUACUCGGAUUUUACUCCCUGCCUUUCUGCUCGUCCUGGGUUUGGCGACAGUUUUCGCCCAGACUUCCGCACCUGAACCAGGUAGGAGCUGAAAUGAGCUGCUCUGUGGUGAUGAGGAAUUCAUGGCAGCUCUCCUUUUCUUUUUACUGCGUUUAACGAGCCUACCUCUCCAAUAGGGCCUUGGCUAAAAAGACAGAAAAUCUCCCUUCUUUGACCUGAAUUACAUGUAUUUCCUUUACUUGUUAUUUAUGACAACUUUUAUCAUUUUUGUGCCUUAUCUCUGUUGGUUUAUUAGAGAAAAACAACAAAUAAAGUUUGCUUUACACUCUAAAUGCUUUUGUUUUGGGGCUUAAGUUAAUAAUCGAGAAAAACCAGACAAAAAAAUGGGUUGAAUCUUCAUUUUGUCUCAAAGAACUUCUGUAAAACAGCAUGAAAGUAUGUUCUUGAAAGCCAGCAUGACCCUGUUUAAUGUUGAAACACCAUAUCUGGAACAAUGAGUCUCUUUUCAGGUCUCAGCCCCCCUUGGGUCCCCAAUUGUUCCACAGGGAAGAAACCAACAGGAGUAGCCACAAACAAACCUUAUUUGUGUACACCUUGCUUUUACAGAUAGUCACACAAACCCGGCUGUUGUUCAGUGUAGUCCUCUGAUGGUAAUAUGACUGCUCUCACUCCUGUGUUUUCUGUUCUGUGUCUCCAUGGAAAAAAGUCCCAGGAGGAUUAUCAGUAGUUACAAAAAGCACAGCGAGCACAAACCUGCAGGCCUCAUUAAUCUGGCUCGUAUGUGGCUAAUCUUUCUCCUGCUUCUCUCUUUUGGACCUCUGGACAUGUUGACUGAGUAUUUCUCCCCCUUUGUGGGCUGUUUUAAUGUAAACUAAUGGUUGUUUUGUCCCCCUGCAGCUUGUGAGACUAAGAACGGCACAAACUGUGAAGAAUGUUUGAAAAAUGUAAAGGUGAGUCUUGAGAAAAAAGAAAAAAAAAUCAGUAAUUUUGUGUAACACUAGUGUGUACAUGGUGGAAGAAGAAGUGUCGUACUUAGAGAAACAGUCACCAGUUCCUCCUCCUCCUCUCUGUCACCUCCCCACCUGUUAAACUGGUUUGAGGAGUAACUGAUUCGUCACCCCCUCCACCUCCACCUCCUUCAUUUUCUACCCUUGUGUGCUGCAUUUGUCCUGAAUACCUCACACAGUCAUUGUUUGUUUGUGUAUAGCAGUCAUUGUGUACUUUUGUACGUUUUCAGUGCUUGUGGUGCCUCAAAACAAAGUCAUGUGUAACAUACCCAGUGAGGACCAUCCUCCCACCUCAUAGAGUCUGUCCACUGAACGAUGCACGCUGGGGACUCUGCUGGAGUAAGCAAGGACACACACAUACAGAGACUUUAUUUGGUUUAUUUUAUUAGCAUAACUGAUUAAUUUUUCUUUGCUGAGAGAUCAAUGUCAACGAAUACACUUACAUAAGUUAUUGGUUAUCUCAAACAUUUAAGCAUUUGACAGUAUUUUAGUUGAUCAGGGUUUAAAAGUAAUACAGUUAUAUAAAAGUAUUCAAAAUCGAGCACAGAGUUUAGGUCAUGAUCUGCUAUUAACUGUUUCCAGCUUGAUUAUCUUAAUCUUUUUAUUUGCCAGAGGAGAUAACUCUAACAGUAAAAUCAAUCAUUUGUCAGUUAAAGGUUUGAUUUGAGUAGAAUUGCUAAAUCUAUGUAUCUGAGUUGCUUUUUGUGUUUUAUUUUAAAACCCUUUAAUACGUGACACCACAAAUUAUGGCCAGAAAAUUUGAAAUGUUUAUUUCAUUUACUACUGAAAACCAAAAAAAUCUAGAUGUCCUUAAAAUUUAACAAAUAGAUUUACUGAUCUUGUUUGAUACAUUAGAUGUUUUUGGAAAAUAAACUACAAGAGGACGUUUUAAUCAUUUAUCGGACUGUAUUCAGGUUUUUUUUUUUUUGUCCUUUGUUGAUCAUAUUGAUUUGAUAGAAGCAUAUAAAAGUAUGAAACAAAUAUGAUACAAAAGGCAUUAAAGGGUUAAGACUGCUCAGAAACCAAAGGUCAAUGUAGACUUUAAAUGCAACAGAAAAAAGGAACAUUUGAGCUUAAAUCAUUUUUUUCAUCAAUAACUUACAAGAUCAAUCAACUUUAAAACAGCUGUUAUUAGUUUCUUUAUGGAUGGACCAAUCAAGUAAUCAAUCAGUCACUUCAGCUUUGUUUCUGUAGGAUAUUUAUAGUGCGGCUUAUAAACUGCACACCCUGGCUAUUGAAAACCCCUCUCUCUGAUUGGCUGGCUGUGUCUGUUGUUCCAUUCUUGCAGUGGGUAACCAUAGCAACAGCACUUUUCACUGCUAAAACAUGCCUAGUCAUUGGUUAAACUCUUAGGAUAAUUGGACAAUUAAUGAUGAUGUAAUCAAGGGCUCUUUUUAUGUUACAACACCUCAUGAUUAAUUCGUUUUUGUAGAUUGCAGAUUGGUUGCCGUUAUGUGGCCUUUUCAGCAGUGUAUUGCAACCAUAGGGGAGACCAGGGGAGGUUGUCACACUUUUUACUCUUGUAGACAUUACUCAUAAUCAAUACCUCUAGAUAACAGCUCACAGUCAAGGGUUAAAGUAGACAUCGUUUUUAAUAUUCUAAAUGUAUUCAAAAGCAAAUUAACAGGGUCUACUUUUUGAUAAUUGUUUGACCGUAUAGUGACUUAUCACCUUGAAACCUUCAAAGAAUCACAAAUAUUUUCUUAGCCCCUUAGGUUUUGUAUCUUUUUCCAAAAAUGACCACAAAGAAACAAGCUCUGCACAAGGUUUACUGCUUUAUACGAACAUGAAGACACAAGGUUUGGUUGUAAUAAGCAACAUGGCAACCAACCCUGAUCUCCCCUACAUACAUAGGCCUACAUUUUAUUGUCAGGAUCAAAUCAACUGGGAAUACACACUAGAAAUCUCACAUUUUUUGCAUUGUCUUGUUGAAUUUGCAUAAGCAGACUCUCAGGUGAACUCUUAGCCCAUUUAUAAUACAAAGAUAAUGUUCUGUCAGAAUGAAAUACUCAAACAAAGGACAACAGCCAAAAACUUAAACAUAUUCAAGAUUUCCACUGUAAUCAUAUCUCUGUCUGUGUGCCUUUCUGUGUCUGUCUGUAGUGAACUUCCAGACGUUGAUCAUCACCUUGGCAGUGUUGGGUGGAGUCAUCAUCAUCGCCUUCCUUAUCUGCCUCUUCUGCUGCUGCAAGUGUGAGAACUUCGGGUAAGUGUGCACAAAGCUGUAGUUGACAAAAAUGGCUACAGGUGACGAGAAAUAACUAAUGAUUUUCUAAGCUAGAGUAAACAGAAUAUAAGUAAUUAGAAAAGAAAAAAACAAACUAAUAUGCUGCAGUUGUUGCAUUAAUAAAGACUAACGUAAUGUAUAUAAGUCUUCUCACUCACUACUUGCAGAACACCACUUUGUGCGGUGUCUUUGUACGGUGUACUUUCAUAUGAACCUUCUGACUGCAAUCUAAACUAUUGUGUUUUUGUGUCAGAUCCAGCAGGUUCGAGGCCAAGAUGCAGAGGCAGGCUAGUAAGACAAAAACCAAGCAGGAAGAAAGGUGAGAACUGAUGUGACAUGAAUGUGAUGUUUAACACAAGUCUGCAAGUCUGACCUGGUUUAUGUAUCUUUAUAUAUAGUUUGUUCCACAAAGCAAAUGGAUAUUUUAGAGCAGUUUAAUCUCCAUAGUUUUGAAAGAAAGACUUUAAUGAGGAGUGAGUUUGCAGGUUUUCCAGGCUGAUCUUGAAUUAGUUUGGCUUGCUACCCCCAUCUCCAAAUUUCUCAGAAACAACUCUUUAUUAUCGGACUAUGAUUAAACCUGAAUUGAGCAGCAAUGCAGCAUCGCACAAGCUUAAUCUCAGUUACACAGUCUGCUGCUGCCACCUAUCUCAACUGUCCCAUCAUAGAGGACAAACAGGUUUUUCAGCUCUGGCUAAAUAUACCUGAACAAUUUCCUUCCCUGCAGCUUUUUCAGUUGUAAAAAAAACUCACAUUUUCUCAUCCAUGUUCUGUUACAGUGUGUAUUCUGCUAAAAAUUCACAUUUUUCUUUAUAUUCAUUUGGCCUUGUCAAGGAAGUAACCAGAUUAAGCUGCAUUUAAUUGUGUUCAUGACAUAAUGGGGCCAUUAGUUUCUGUGAGCUUGUAGCUUUUACAUUUAACGGCUGAACUACCAGACAAAGGAGUGACCGAAAUGAUUUCUGCAAACUUCCCCAAAAUGUUUUGACAUGCAUCUCCAUUUUUUGUUGCUUUCUGUUGUAAAAUAUAAAAAUGUUAAUACCUGAUGACUGUCUGAAUUGCUUUUGCGGAUGAUAUGUCAAAAAUGUCUGAAUGUCUGAAUCUGCUGUGUCUAUAUGACAGAUUACUGAUGUACAGUAAAGGUACUUGUAUAGAAUAUAAGAAAAAAAAUGAAUAAAUCUCUGUCUAAGUAUUUAUAAUCUGAAAGACACAGUAUGUACUAUAGUUCCCCCAACUGUCGUGUUGAUGAGCCGUAUCAGUUCACAUCUCAGCACAUCAUGACAGCAUAGCAUUGUUGAAAACGUCAAAGUGUUAUCAGCCCAAACUGGUUAGUGGGAGUGAAGAAAUAUUAUCAGUCACUGUGUUGCUCAGAGAAGAAUGUGUUUUGUUCCUACAGGAAGGCGGAAAUGAAACAGAGACACGAUGAAAUCAGGAAGAAAUACGGUGAGAGCGCUAACGUACUUUUCCUACUUUGUCUGUUUUUCAAGGUACAAAAAACCUUAAUUUGUGUAUGUUUCUUUGAAAUAAAAACUAAAUUUGCUUUCCUGAUCUAAUGGUUGAAAACUAAACCUAAAACAUGAUAUUAGUCAUUCUUUUUUGGUUUGAAUUUGACCAAGAUUUUUCAAGAAGCACAACACAGAACAGUUUCAUAAGUGUUUAAAUUUUCUGUGGUGUUUUGGCUGACUACAUGAAUUUGUCAUCCUUUGCCCUGUCAUCAUAUUAUUUUGACAGACAUAAGAGUGGAAUGUAUUUACUGACUGUUUUCUGUUCCUCCAGGUCUAAGCGGACAAAAUCCCUAUUCCAAAUUCGCUUGAGACAAUCUGUGAAUGGAGAUUUUCACCUUUAAUGUUUCUGUUUUCCCUGAUCUCUGACCUUUUACACAGCUGCAUUUAAAGCCUGUCUGGUGGUUUGGAGUGUAGACAGUAACCCGAAGAGUGAUGUAAACUAUAAGAACAAUAGACAGUAGUUUUGCACAGGCAGUUGUUGGUCUUAACUAGCCUAUGAAAGGAAUGUUAUACUCAAUGUGAUGACCCAAGAGGCUGUAAAUAAACGCAAGAAUAGAUACAUGAAGCAGCAACUAUCUUCAGAGUUAAAUAUCAGUGAAUCCUGUGGCUCCUGUAGCAUCAAACUAUUUAUUGUGCAAAAUUGAAAACACACAUUUGGUUACCUUUGCUGUGUUGCUGCUGAUAAAGCGAUUUGCCUAGAAAUUUUGAUCUAUUUUUGUACUUGAUCUGUCUCUUUAAUUAGACUCAAUCCUACCUAUAUAUACUUAUCUGAGUAAUUUUUAUAGUGUUAGUGCUGUAUGCUUCUCUUACAGGACUUUUUGUGGGGUAUUAGAUGAGGAGAUAUGUUACCAAUAAAGUUAGAAAGUGAGAUUUAGAAAUUUUUGAAUGCUUUCUUUGAAGACUGCCUUAUCCUGAAUUUUCCUGUAUAUCCUGUACAUACACACAAGCCUUAUUAAAGAUGCUUGAUUCAUACUCAAUUUAU